UCCCUUUAUCUCAGGACAAUACAGUUGACAAACAAGGACAGAGGGGAAAAGGUUAAGACAAAAAGAUGAACUCCAUAAAGGAGGAAUCAUGGAAUUUGGGUAACAAAAUAAAUAAUGAAAACAGAAAUAGACUAGUUUAGUUUAAAGAAAUGAUUUUGUCCCCAUCAGCUAGAAGCUCAAGGCAAGCAAGUGGGUUCGUGCAUUUCCACAUCCAUGUGAAACCUGCAGAUGACUCCCACCUCCAUCUUCCAUCAAGUUAGUGACACAGUUGUUAGGCUCUUCACCAAAGAGGUUUUUACCUUUCGUUUAACCCAGUCUGCCCCUGUUUUGAUUGUUGUAUUGAUGUUCCUUAGAAUGGAGCCGAUUCCCAAACUCUUGGCAGGGCUUAUCCUGUUGACACUGUGUCUGGUGGGCGGCUCCAGCCAGCACUGGUCCUACGGUUUGCGCCCUGGAGGAAAAAGAAAUGCAGAAAAUCUGGUGGACUCUUUCCAAGAGAUAGCCAAAGAGGUCGAUCAGCAAGCAGAACCUCAGCGCUUGGCGUGCACCGUCCACCAGCCCCGCUCAGCCCUCCGGGAGCUGAAAGGGGCGCUGGAAAAUCUGAUUGAAGAGGAAACUGAGCCAAAGAAGAUUUAA